AUGCCCCUCAUCGUUCAGAAUGUAAACCCGCGUAUCAUCCUGGGUCUGAUGACGUUUGGACCGAGUUCGGAGGACGGCGCCCGCAUCACUGACCUGGAUACUUUCAACAAGGCUCUGGACCUGUUUCAGACAAGAGGAUAUAGCGAGGUAGACACAGCUCGCAUUUAUGUCGGCGGAAAACAAGAGGCAUUUACGAAGGAGGCCAGGUGGAAGGAGAGGGGAUUGACCCUGGCCACCAAAGUCCAAUAUCCAUUUGCACCUGGGGAUAACACGGCUGACAAGGUGAUUGCUUCGGUGGAGACUAGUCUCAAGGACCUGGGCACUGACUGUGUAGAUAUCCUAUAUCUACACAAGCCCGAUCGUGGCACGCCGUUCCAAGAGACGCUCGAAGCUAUGGAUAAGCUGCACAAGGCUGGCAAAUUUGUUCGCCUUGGUAUAAGCAAUUUCACUGCAUACGAGGUGGCCGAAGUUAUGAUGAUUUGCAAGUACAACAACUGGGUUCGGCCGAGCAUUUUCCAGGGCAUGUAUAACUGCAUCACGCGUAAUAUUGAAGCCGAGCUGUUCACAGCUUGUCGUCGUUACGGCCUCGAUAUUGUUGUAUACAAUCCCCUGGCCGGUGGUCUCUUCUCGGGCAAGAUCAAGUCGCACGACAUGAUCCCCGAGAGCGGUCGGUUCUCGGAUGUCAGUUCCGUCCAGGGUGCCAAUUACCGGAAGCGAUAUUUCCGCGAGAGCACAUUCAAGGCCAUCCAGCUGGUGGAAGGGGUCGUCGAGAAACACAAUUUGACCAUGAUCGAGACGGCGCUGCGAUGGGUAGUGCAUCAUUCCAAGCUCAAGAUCAAGGAUGGUAACGAUGGAAUACUCAUUGGUGUAUCGAGUGUCGAACAGCUAGAGGACAACUUGAACAACCUGGAGAAGGGGCCGCUUCCUGACGAGGUUGUCAAGGCUCUCGAUGAUGCGUGGCAAAUCUCCAAGGCUGACUCGGCCAAUUACUGGCACGGCGAUUUGGACUAUGGCUACGAUCCUAGGGGGCUGUUGUUUGGGCCCGGGGCCAAGUAG